UUUUGUCUUCCCACACGAAACGAUUUCAGAAGACAACUGCGGAAUGGUGCUCGCUCCGUCCGCCACCCACCUGUAUAAAUAACAUACUCCCCUUCACGUGGUGUGCCCAGCCCAGCCCUUUCAGCGUUCAGGUUUUUGCGUUAGAUUAGCAGGGUAUUUUUGACUGGUGGGAUUUUGCGCUGUGAGACGAGGACGGACGAGGUCCUGACUGGUGAACUGAAUGCAGUUUGCAGUCCGUCGCUUGGAGCUCCUCCUCUCUGGCCAGAGAGAAUAAGGACAAUCACAUUUUGUUCAAUGAGAGCGGGAGGACACGAGAGAGGAUUGCGCACUCCAUUUCAACCAACUGCUCCACCAUCGCUAUUUCUCGCCUCUUCCAAGAGGUUAUUAUGAAGAAAGACUUGGGCUCUCCAGACCCUGGAAAGCAUCUGGGAUUGGGUAAUUUCUUUUAAAGCGCACAAGGGACCAACAUGCACUGCAUCCGGUAAAAAAGAAAGAAAGAAACAAAAAAAAAACGAACAACAAAGCUUCUAUCUCUAUCAAUUGAGCGCUGAAGCAAUGGCACAUUCGGAGACGGAUUUGAGCAGUCCCUGCUCCGGCAUGGUGGAGUACGGUUCUUCUUGGACGUCGGCGAUGAAGAGGCACCGUUGCGGGCGGAUCCAGAGGAAACUGAGGCCCGCGCGCGUCCUGGGCCUGGUGCUCUGCCUGGCCGCCGUCAGUGCCGUCUCCGCCUUGUCCUUCAGCACCUUCACGUGGGCGCCCUGGCGCGGCGCGGACCCGUCCGCCCUGGAACUGCUGCCCCGGAGGACUCUCCUCACCGCCGUGCACCGGCGCGACUGGAACGUCUCGGACGACUCCCCGGUCGCCAUGCCGUCGUCGCAGGACGGCAACGGCAGCCACGAGUCGCAGGGGGACUACCCCCCGGACCUGUUCACCCUGGAGGAGCGGAGGCAAGGCGCGGUGGUGCUGCACAUGUUCGGCAUGCUCUACAUGUUCAUCGCCCUGGCCAUCGUGUGCGACGAGUUCUUCGUCCCCGCCCUCACCGUCAUCACGGAGAAGCUGACCAUCUCGGACGACGUGGCGGGCGCCACCUUCAUGGCGGCCGGCGGCUCGGCCCCGGAGCUCUUCACCUCCGUCAUCGGCGUCUUCAUCUCCCACAGCAACGUGGGCAUCGGCACCAUCGUGGGCUCGGCCGUCUUCAACAUCCUCUUCGUCAUCGGCAUGUGCGCCAUCUUCUCCCGGGAGAUCCUCAACCUCACCUGGUGGCCGCUCUUCCGGGACGUGUCCUUCUACAUCAUCGACUUGAUCAUGCUGAUCGUCUUCUUCCUGGAUAACAUGAUCACCUACUGGGAGAGUUUGGCCCUGCUCGGGUCCUACACCACCUAUGUAAUAUUCAUGAAGUGCAAUUCCAAAGUAGAAGGUUUUGUUAAGAGGGUUGUAAACCGGAAUCAAGUCGUGGAGGUGGAGGUCCAGCCUCCGAAGCAGACGACUCCCGAGCCUGUGGAGGAUGAGAACAAGCUGUCGGCCAAGCCCCGCCUUCAGAGGGGCGGAAGCUCCGCCUCCUUGCACAACAGCCUGAUGAGGAACAGCAUCUUCCAGCUGAUGAUCCAUACGCUGGACCCACUGAGCGAAGAGUUUGCCGAUUCUGAACUUGGGACAUAUGGAAAGCUAAAAUAUUAUCACACAAUGACUGAAGAAGGGAAGUUCCGGGAAAAGGCGUCCAUCCUGCACAAGAUCGCCAAAAAGAAGUGCCAGGUGGAGGACAGCGAGAAGGCCAACGGAGUUGCCAGCCGCUCUGAUAAGAAUCUGCCCAACAGCUCAAACGUGGAGGUGGAGGUCACCCCGCCCAUGAAUGGCAGUGUGGGACAGGAAGGGGAUGCGGCUGAUGAGGAGGAGGAAGAGGAUCAGCCGCUGAGCCUGGCCUGGCCGGAGUCCAACCGCAAACGUUGCACAUACCUCCUCAUCCUGCCCAUCGUUUUGCCUCUGUGGCUUACCCUGCCUGACGUCCGCAAACCCACCUCUCAGAAGUUUUUCCCCGUUACCUUCUUUGGCGCCAUCUGCUGGAUUGCAGGUUUCUCCUAUCUGAUGGUCUGGUGGGCACAUCAGGUUGGAGAGACCAUAGGGAUUACUGAAGAGGUUAUGGGAUUGACCAUGUUAGCAGCUGGGACUUCCAUCCCUGACCUGAUCACCAGCGUCAUUGUGGCCAGGAAGGGGCUUGGAGACAUGGCAGUGUCCAGUUCUGUUGGCUCCAACAUCUUUGACAUCACAGUUGGCUUGCCGUUUCCAUGGCUACUGUACUCAUUCCUCAAUAACAUGAAGCCGGUGACGGUGAGCAGCAACGGGCUCUUCUGCGCCAUCGUGCUCCUCUUCCUCAUGCUCCUCUUCGUCAUCAUCUCCAUCGCGGCCUGCAAGUGGAGGAUGAGCAAGCUCCUGGGGUUCAUCAUGUUCCUGCUCUACUUCGUCUUCCUGGUGGUCAGCGUGCUGCUGGAGGACAAGGUCCUGGUGUGCCCUGUGUCCGUCUGAGACACCCCCCACCCCACCCCCCCGUCUCCAGCUCUGACCUCUGGGGAAGGGGGCCUGGGAGGAACAUUCCUGUUUUCUUUGUUUUUGUUUUUAUUUUGGACUGAAAGCGUGUAGGGACAUGACGUCGCUGUGGAACCUGGGAGGCUUUGGAACACCAGGACUCAUAAUAGGGUUAGGGUUAUGGUAGGGAGGGUGGUGGGAGGGAGGGAUGCAGUCAUUCUGACUGGCAACCAUGCUAUGCAUGUCAUACAUUUAUUCUGACUGGAAGGUUCCGGAACAUUUUAUUUGUUUAUUUAUUUAUUUAUUUAUUUACUUUUUGGUUUGAUCCAGUAAAAAAAAAAAACAGCAAAAAGUGAGUGAGGCAAAAGUGAAUCUGCGGGUGUGAAAGAAACGGUGGGACAGGAAGUCGUGAUUUCAGUGGUCGCCAAAACAAGGUAGGACAGAAACGACGGCCUCGACGCGCAGGGUCCGGUCUGACGUCGGCGAGAAGGCCCGCGAGCGAUUCAGACGGAGCGCGGCUGGGAAGGACGAGCACGGCGUCACCGUUGCCUUCUGAGCGAGGUACACAAACUCACCCAAACCUCACCUGGAAAAGACGGCCCUGCUGCUCAGCGCUCCACACUGCAGAAAUACCGGUGGACUGGUGAAGAUACUCCCUUCAGAAGUGAUACAGUCAGCAUGCAGUAUAACGAAUAAAUAUGAUAUACAGUAGAACUUGAAAUCUUGCAGUUAAUGUCUUGCUCACGUAUUCAGUGACCCAGUAGCAAGGAUAAUGCUGUUUCAGAUCAUUUUCGUAUGGAAAGGAAUUUUUGGACAAGAGGGAAAUUGUCAACGGUUUUUGUGCUGUGUAUUACACCUUCUGUUAAAAGGUGACCUUUCCCUUUAGAGGUCACAUCUCACACAAAAUUGCUAUCCUAUCUCCAUCUAGACUUUGAGGAUUGCCAUUAUUUAUUUAUUUAUUUAUUUAUUUAUUUAUUUAAAUUAUUAUUUGUAGCAGCAGUACUUGCUGCGUACAUGGCAUGUAUUAUGUUGAUUCUCCUUCAUUUUUGUCAUUUUUUUUCUUGCUCCAUCCGCACCACACACUGUUAAAUUCCACCAGGUACAAGUCUUUAUAUCUCAUAGAGCUUGCAAAGUAUUCACUUUGAUUGGGGAAAGUACAUUAUAUGUGAAACAUGUUAAAUUAGAAUUGUAACCAUGUGAAAUAUGACUAGCUUUCCAAAUAUAUUACUCACACUAAAUUAAGACAAGCAUGUGUUGUCAUAAUAACCAAUAUUUCAUUGUCAAUAUACAGUGAUAGAUGAAGGAGAUUCCACUUUGUCAUUUGUAAGAAUGCUAUUCAGCAAUUUACAAAAAUUUGUUAGUAAUUAGAGCACUCCUAUAUAUAAUAAUUUUGAUCUUUUUUUGAAAUAUUGGACACAUGUUUAUUUAUUAAAAGAAAAAUAAUGAAAAACAAGAGAAUGCAUGUUAAAUAUCUUAUGUGUGGAAAGAGGUGCUGGUAUUUUCGUCUCUAAUAUUAAAAUUAGAUACAUAUAUUUGCAUUUCUGGCCACACCUCCCUUUGGUCCAACGGCAUAUUUUUCCCUUGUCUUCUAGAUGCAGUCAUCCUCAAUACAUAGACUAUGUCAACUAAUAUAUAAAAAUAGCAAUAUGUAUCAAACUUGUGAAAUUGUUUUCAAAUGAAGGGUGCUGUUGUCUGCAUGGAUACUUAUACGUAUAUACUUUCACAAUACAAAUAUUAAUGGCUUCAUAGAGGACAUAUAGUACAGGAUAAGUUAAACAGAUAAUAGAGAACCGUACUAACACAAAGAACUAAAAUAAGCAUCUCCUAUCAUGUUUUUAAUGUCCACAUACACAGCAGUAGUCCUAUUGGAGUAGGCUGGGCUUUUUUUUUCCAUUCAGUAUGCACCAUGCAGCUUGACAAUCCUGAGUUCUCACUACUGCCACCAUCAGGCUACCACAUGCUACCGCACAUGGAAUGCAUGCACACAUGCAGCUUCACCAACCCCAGUAUCUGCGUGUGGUCACCGAGGGGUCGGUCCUCAUUUCAGGACAUUUAAUCAUUUCAUGACUUCAUAUAAUUUCUUUGUUUUAUACUUUUCACAUUUUGCAAAAAAAAAAACCCCAUAGGUAAGCAUCUGAUCACCUGUCGAGUUUUCAUAGGAGAGCAGUCUCUCCCGUGAUGUCAUUCAAAGCACCACGGAUAUAUACACACACCAUAUAUAGAUAUAUAGAUAUAUAUAUAGAUCCCAGUAGCUUUGUGCAAAUGAACUGUAAAUUAUUAAUUAACAUAGGACUUUUUGAUAAGUGUAAAUGUUUGAGGAGGAUGUUUAUAAUUACACUGGGCUGGUUACCCACAUAUGCCACAGAGGAGCUAGACCAACUAUGUUUGUAUAAUUUAUGUAUUUAUUCAUGCUAAAUUGAUUUGAUUUUGUAAAUAGUGAAUUAUAUAUACAUAAAUAUAUAUACAUAUAUAAAAAAUAAGAUUUUAAAAAAUUGAACAGAUGGGGAACAGGUCCUUGAAUAAGUCAAGUGUGGUUCCCCACCUGUGGCAAUGUCUUGAUUUUGUUUAUCUAUUUUUAAUUCUUUAUUUUUUCAAUGGAAGGUAAAAUUCUGUAUUCAAAGGUUAUUAUAAAUGCAAUUUAUUCCUUCUCUCUCAUAUGUCUUUUAAAAUAUCAAUUACUUUGAGCAUCAACAAAAAAAUGCACCUUGAUAUGCUAUGCCACAAAAAAACAAAAUACAAAAACAAAACAAGGGCAAAUCACUGACUUCACAAUCGCCACAGUACAAAAAUGUUCUCCCUUGCAUUUUUUGGGUGUUACAGAAAAUAUAUGAGCAAAGUACACAGUUCCAUGGAAGCCCACUUGAAAAUGUAUGUUAACAUAUAAAUAUAACUUAAUCUCUUACCUUACACACUGCUUCUGUUGGGUAGAGUCUGCUCAGCCUCUUUUCAAUCAAGGUCCUUAGCAAAGACUCUAGUGGUUGUUUUGUAUAAUCAGGUGUAACUGUUUGGUUAGAACAAAAGCCUGCAUCCACGCCGGCCGUUUCUUGGAUAAGAUGGAGGACCCCUGCUGUUGAUGGUCCCCUUAUAGCACAGGAACCAGUCAUAGGGCAGCUGGGGUCCUACUCCUGUUAACUUUCAGAAGCAGGAUUACAGAAACCCCCCCACUGGCAAUAGUGCGAAAUGUGUUUGGCCCCUCCCCAUUUCUGUGGAGGGGUGCAUCUACAUUUUAGAACUGUCUGCCUCCGAUUGUGGGAGGCUGUCCUGUUGAAUGUGGACACCACUGACCUCAGCCAUGCCCACUGCUUUGCCCACCCUUUUACUGAUGUUGCCACGGUGAGUUGUUCCCUGGUAUUCUGUCACUCUUGCUGUGUUUAGCUGUGUGAAAGAUGCAAUGAUACGUUCAGAUUGCUGCUGUCAAGAGAGCACAUGACAUGCAGAAGCCCUGUUUCAAAGCAUCCUGCUCUGCAGUCAUGUGUAAACAUUGAUGCUGAGCUAAAUAAAAUGCAUUACAGCUGGCAGACUGGUUAAGCAUGUAUGAUACACUGUGUAAAUCAUUAACCACAAAUAGGGCUACAGGAAUUAUGUGGCUUGACUCCUAAUAUACAUUCUUGCACUGUCACUGUUUUUUGUUUAUACAUACAUUUAUAUAUAUAUAUAUAUAUAUAUAUAUAUAUAUAUAUAUUGCACAGAUUAACCAUGUAAUCUCUUGUAUACAUGAUUCUAAUUAAAUGGCAUUUCUUUAUGUAAGAACACAUAAAGUGUGUAAUACUAUAUUAAAAUAAAGGUAACUGAGAAAUGA